AUGACAACCAUCCCCGAGGACACGGGCAUGGACGAAUUCGUCAACUGGGAGGCUGCCGCUACCGAGGUGGGCAACAUCUUCAACAUGCCCACUCAGGACGUGCCACCCACCGACCCCAAUCUGGACCUGGUUUUGGAGAAUGCCGACGAUGACGAUUUCGGAUUCGUCGCCCUUGAGCACUUCUCUGGGGAUCUUGCACCACCAGGAGCUGGUCUGACUGAUGGCAACCCCCUCGAACUGAUUGACACGCAACUGUCCAGCGCCCAGGAGGACUGGUGGUUCGCUCCCGAAACCCCAUGCAACAACUGCAUCCUUGGUGGCUAUUCGUGCAAACAGAUCAAGGAGGGAAAGUUCAAGUCAUACUGUACUUCCUGUGUUGCUCUUCGCAGCGAGUGCAGCUUGGCCGAGCACUUGCCUGGCGGCCUGGCCGACCUCGACACAUCUGAUGCCAUCCCUUCCCAAAACCCCUGGCCCAUCAUGGGUGACCAUCCGCGCGCCGUUCAGGAAGAUGACCACAUGGACCUGCUAUCAUCUCUGAACGCUUGGCCGGCGAUGGGUGACCAUCCUCGUGGCACUCUUGAGGACAACGUGAUCGCUGCUGGUCUGCCCGAGACAUCGACACCAGAUCUACUUAGAGGUAUGACCGCCUCAGCCGAGCAGCCUGCCGUGGAGAUUGCCCAAGCCAAAACAGCUACUCCGGCCAAAGUUGGCGCUCGUUUCUCUCGCGAGUCUGUCCGUAUCUUGAAAAACUGGCUUUCCACCCACACACGUCACCCCUAUCCGAGUGACGAAGAGAAAGAGAUGCUUCAGCGCCAGACUGGCCUCAACAAAACUCAGAUCACCAACUGGCUUGCCAAUGCCCGUCGUAGGGGUAAAACGCAAGCUCCUCGCUCUACUUCUCCCCACCCGCGUAGCUACAGCGGUGCCAUCGACAUUCCUCAGAGACGAGGAACUCCGGCGCCGGACGGCAGAGUGCGCAACAUGAAUCCCUUGGAGCGUUGGGUUGACUCCCCGCCCGAAAACGAACCCGCUACUGUCUCUGCCAUUGCUUUGGCCGUUGCGUCUAGUUCUAGAACAUCAUCAUCAGGUCUUACGAGCCCGUACAGCUUCAACUUCACCGACGACGGAUCGGGCAAAUCUCUCUGCAAUGCUUCCUCCGCCAGCUCUCUCGGAACGUCCCAUGGAACGUCCCACUCCAGUGGCGGCUCAUUCGCGUCUGCCUACUCCCAUGCCUCUCGUGGCUCAUUCGGGUCCUUUGGGUCUUUCAACCGCGGCCGUAGGCGCCGCAGGAGGCGAGUCGGCACCAAGGUCGAAGAGAAGACUGCUCUCGCCGCUCCUCCCAAAACCUUCCAGUGUACAUUCUGUACCGAAAGUUUCAGGACCAAGCACGACUGGCAACGGCACGAGAAGUCUCUCCAUCUUUCCCUCGAGAGGUGGGUGUGUGCCCCUGAUGGGCCUGUAGCAGUCAACCCGGCGACGAAUCAGCUCGCCUGCGUGUUCUGUGGGGAGGCCAAUCCCGACAACGCCCAUGUUGAGAGUCACAAUCAUUCGGCAUGCCAGGAGCGGCUGCUCCAAGAGAGAUGCUUCUACCGAAAGGAUCAUCUGAAUCAGCACUUGCGCCUCGUCCACGACUGCAAGUUUGUCGAUUGGUCCAUGAAGGCCUGGAAGGUCGCUACGCCAGAGAUUCGGUCACGAUGCGGUUUCUGCGGUGUGGUCUUGGACAGCUGGGGUUCGCGAGUGGAACACAUUGCCAACCAUUACCGUAGUGACGGAAAUACCAUGGCGGACUGGAAGGGUGACUGGGGUUUUGAAGCACCGGUGCUCGAGAUGGUCGAGAACUCGAUCCCGCCAUAUCUCAUUGACAAUGAGCGCAACUCGCCCUAUCCGUACAAAGCCAGUGGCGCCCCAGCCGAGACCCCUCGCAACGCGUACGAGCUGAUCAAAAUCGAGCUGGCAUACUUUAUGCAGAACCACUACGAUAAGCACCAGACCCUACCAGACGACCGACAGAUGCAGCUGGAAGCCUGUCGUAUCAUUUUCGCCUCUGAAAUACUGUCGAUCCGAGAAAUCUCGUCCGAAUUCUCCUGGCUGCGUGAUCUGAUCAUGUCAGACGAGGAAGUCAAACUAUCAGCCAAAUACGGUCCUAUUCGUCAAGCGGCUGAGAACAGGCUGUCUUCCUUGAAACUAGCCUCCAAAGAUACCAUUUUCCAGACUUGUCCUUUGGAAAAUCAGCUCCACGAGUUCGUUAGAGCGAAGAGGCUACUGGGCCUCACCGCCAUGGAUGAUGAGCUUCAGCAAACGGCAGCAGAGAUUGUUGGACGUGUUGAGGAAGUCUCGAUCAGUCCUUCGGAUCACAUUGCCAGUUGGCUCGUAAGAUGUAUCUUCUCCUCGACCAACUGGCUCGCCAAUUUCCGGCAACGAGCCCAUCUUCCCCGAACCGAGGACAUCGUGGUGGUCAACGAGCGAUCGACGGAUACCACCAAAAUCGACUCGACUAUCCACAACUACAGCAGGCUGGAACACUCCCUGGCGGACUUCAUGGACAAGCAGAGGGCUUUGGGGAUCGAACCGGAUGACGCAGCCCUGCAGCGCGAGGCCAGGAUGGUUAUUUACGAAUUCGACGACGGCUGGAACCAGACCGCAGCCGACAACUUGGAGUGGCUCGCGGCCUUCAGACAACGCCACCAGCCCGUCUCUGCGUCGGGGUCGAGUAUGACCACCUCGCCAGAGUCUCAGGGCCAACAAUCGCUGCAGCAUUCUGGCUCCGGUAUUUCGCCUGUCAACUUCCAAGCAAACCUGCCUUCCUUCUUAACGGCCGACACGGCUGCGGCCUAUCUGCCACCCGAUCAGGCUGCACUGCCUCGUGGCGUCAAGACGGGUCCGUUCUUCUUGAACGACGCAAAUUGCUACCGCCGUUUGGCGCGUACGUUGAAGAAAUACACGGUGGCGGCCAUGUCGGCUGAUAACCCCCACCAACAUACGCCGUCCGAUGCCGAGCUACAACUCCAAGCACGCCUCAUUCUAUACGAUGAUGACGACCCAUGGAACCAAACCGCAGCCGAUAACGCAGAAUGGCUGCGCCGCUUCAAGAGAGAUGCUGGUAUCAUCGCGGAGCCCGGCCCCGGCCUCCCGCCCGGCGACGCUUGGUCCCUCGAGCAAGGCGGCACGGGCUUCGCGCCGCCCUAUGCCUUCCCCAAGGGCGACAUGGCCCCCUUUAGCGAGAAGACGACCGAGGUGCCGAUCCGCAAUGUCAAGUUCUUCCAGACGGAUUCCACCAUAACCAACAAGUACCUCGAGACCUUCAAGACGCGGUACCCGAAGCCCGCCACCAUCUUUUGCGCGCGCGAGCUCGAGGACGGGCUGAUCAAGUUUGUCGAGUCGGAGAUUAGUCUGACGGGGUCGUUCCCCGACGACGAGGCGAUCCGGGUCAAGGCGAGGAUGAUUCUCAACUCGGCCGAGACGGCCGCGGACGACCCUGUGUUGUUGGGCAAGUUCAAGGGGUGGAUGAUGACGAGGGGCCAGAUUCCGGGCCGGCAGCAGCAGCAGGCGCCCGUGCUUGUCCGUCCGCAGCCGAGGCCGUUGCCCACGCCGGCGUCGACGGCGACGGCGACUUCUGCCCCAACGGUGUCGCCCGCUCCCGCUGUUGCAUCCUCGGGCACCCCCGGACUGACGCUGUCGGACGCGGAGAUGAAUGAUAUCUUGCAGGAUAUGAACUUUGACCUGAGUGCGGCUGACUUGGAGGGUCUUGACGUGGCCAUGGGGAUGGAUUUCGGAACCGGCGCGGGGCCUGCGUGA